UGGAAAGGGAAAAAAUCUCAACACCCUACUCGUGAAAUGCCGUGGGUUAUCCAAGGACAUCGCCGUCCUCUCCUCCCCUUCCCGCCAUGGCCACCGUCCGCUCCACCCUUCCCGCUAAUGUCCCACCGCCGCCUCCAUCUCCCAAGUGCGCCCCUGCCGCCACCUCUCCCCGCCACCGCAAACCCCUCACGACGACCCCCGCACUCUGCUCCAGCGACCCCUCCGAGGCGGCGGCGCUCCUCACCGCCGCCGCGCGCGCCCGCGACCUCCGCCUUGGCCGCACGCUCCACGCCCGCCUCCUCCGCACCGGAGGCAUCCUCAUCGAAGCCGACACCGUCGUGGCUAAUUCCCUCCUCACGCUCUACUCCAAGUGCGGCGCCGUGGCCGCCGCGCGGAGCGUGUUCGACGGAAUGCGCGGCGGCCUGCGGGACCUCGUCUCCUGGACGGCCAUGGCGUCCUGCCUCGCGCGGAACAACGCGGAGGACGAGGCGCUCCGCCUGUUCGGCGAGUUGCUCGAGGAGGGGCUCUGGCCGAACGCGUUCACGCUGUGCGCCGCGGCCCAGGCCUGCUUCGCCAGCGAGCUCUUUCACCUGGCUGGUGGCGCGGUUCUUGGUUUCGUGUUCAAGACCGGGUUCUGGGGCACCAACGUGUCGGUGGGCUGCGCUCUGAUUGACAUGUUCGCUAAGAACGGGGACCUUGUAGCGGCACGCCGGGUGUUCGAUGGAUUGGUGGAGAGGACGGUGGUCGUCUGGACUCUGCUGAUUACGCGCUAUGUGCAGAGAGACUAUGCAGAUAAAGCUGUAGAUCUGUUUCUUGACAUGCUUGAGAAUGGUUUUCUUCCCGAUGAGUACACCAUGAGCGGCAUGUUAUCAGCUUGUACAGAGUUGGGGUCAUUAAGGUUGGGGCAGCAACUGCACUCACUAGCGCUCCGGCUUGGGCUGGAAUCGGACAGUUGUGUGAGCUGUGGGCUUGUGGACAUGUACGCAAAGUCUAAUAUCGGACUGCCGAUGCAAAAUGCGAGGAAAGUCUUCGAACGGAUGCCCAAACACAACCUAAUGUCAUGGACGGCACUCUUAUCAGGAUAUGUGCAAUGUGGAUCGCAGGACAACAAGGUGAUGGCGCUAUUUUGUGAGAUGUUAAAUGAAGGCAUCAGACCAAACCAUAUCACAUAUUCUAGUAUGCUUAAGGCUUGUGCAAACCUUUGUGAUCAAAAUUCAGGUAGGCAAAUUCAUGCCCACUGCAUGAAAUUCGGCCUGGCUCCUGUAAAUGUUGUUGGGAAUGCUCUGGUCAGCAUGUAUGCUGAGUCUGGUUGCAUGGAGGAGGCUAGAAGGGCGUUUGACCAGCUAUAUGUAAACAACAUGGUUUCCUUCAAUUGUGAUUUCAAUGGAAUUGGGAGGAGCAACGCUUCUCAAGAUUAUCAGAUUGAGAGAAUGGAUGUAGGAAUCAGCACUUUCACGUUUGCUAGUCUGAUCAGUGCCGCUGCCAGUGUAGGUUUGCUAACCAAAGGUCAGCAGUUGCAUGCCCAAACACUGAAGGCUGGAUUUGGGUCAGAUAGAGGCAUAGGCAACUCUCUUGUGUCUAUGUAUUCUAGGUGUGGAUACCUAGAAGAUGCUUGCCGAGCAUUUGAGGAAAUGAAUGACCAUAAUGUGAUCUCAUGGACUUCAAUGAUCAGUGGCUUAGCAAAGCAUGGGUAUGCAGAACAGGCCCUCGCACUGUUUCAAGAUAUGAUCUCAGCUGGUGUGAAACCAAAUGAUGUCACAUACAUUGCCGUUUUUUCUGCAUGUAGUCAUUCUGGUCUAGUGAAAGAAGGGAAGGAGUACUUUAGGCUGAUGCAGAAGGAUCAUGGAAUUCUACCAAGGAUGGAGCAUUAUGCUUGUAUGGUUGAUCUACUUGGGCGAUCGGGCCUUGUUGAAGAAGCUCUAGAUUUCAUUCACAAAAUGCCUUGUAAAGCAAAUGCAUUGGUCUGGAAAACACUUCUUGGUGCUUGUAAGACUCAUGACAAUAUGGAGAUUGGUGAGGUUGCCGCUAACCGCAUCAUAGAGCUCGAACCACAAGAUCCAGCUCCGUAUGUCCUGCUCUCAAACUUGUAUGCUGAUGCUGGUUUGUGGGAUCAAGUUGCCAGGAUAAGGAGUCUGAUGAGGGAGAAAAACUUGAGCAAAGAAACAGGCUUGAGCUGGAUGCAUGUUGAGAACACCAUUCACGAGUUUCGAGCUGGUGAUACUAUCCAUCCGCGAGCAGAGGAGAUCUAUUCAAAGUUGGACACGCUGAUAAGAGAAAUCAAAGCCAUGGGCUAUGUACCAGACACAAGCAUAGUGCUCCAUGACAUGUCGGAUGAGCUGAAGGAGCAGUGUCUGCUUCAGCACAGCGAGAAGAUUGCUGUUGCAUUUGGUUUGAUCAGUACAUCGGCAACAAAGCCAAUAAGGAUAUUUAAGAACCUUCGCGUAUGCACAGAUUGUCAUUCAGCACUCAAGUACUUUUCUAAGGCCACUGGAAGGGAGAUUAUAUUGAGAGAUAGUAACAGAUUCCACAGGAUGAAGGAUGGCAAAUGCUCAUGCGGAGAAUACUGGUAAUUGCCGAGCUGGCGCAGGUUUAGCUUUGCUGAAGAGCCAAGUACAGAAUUCUCGCGCAGCAGAGCAUUUUGACAGUCACUGAUCUUCAUGUAUUUUGUAGCUCCUUCAUAGUUUAUACAAAGCAUGUGUUAUUGUACAGUUGCCUGUUGGUUUAUCUUACGGUUACAGAAUUUGGCAUUAUAUGAUCUACUAGAAGCUCACUAGAAACAAAAAGAAUAAAAGUGGUACUUAACUGGAAUCAGAGUUUUGGACCCCAGUUGGCGGCUGCUGCUUACAAGAGAACAACGCCAUGGAAUUUCAUUUUUUGUAAAUAUACAAACAUCGAAACAUGUCCAAAUAUUGAACAAAUUUCAAGCAACGUUCAGAGGGAAUUCUCAUGUCCACUUGCUCUUAUUUCAUCUGGUGGAUGAAUUCACGUGAUAAAGGCUGGAGCAUCCGGGAAAAUAGAUACAGGCAGAGCCAUGUAAACUUGUAAUUAUAAGAGCCAGAAAAAAG